AUGAAAGAUUACGAAGAACAAAUAAAACAACUUACCAGAGAAAACGAUGACAAAAUUGAUGAAAAUGGCCGUUUAAUGCAAAGAAUUCUAGAUCUGGAAAGAGCUGAAGAGGAACUGCGAGAAAUGAAGACCAAGGCAUAUGAAGAGGAAGUUUUUAGAGAGGAUGAAAUAGAAAAACUGAAACAAGAAGUCCAAUCUUUAAAUGAUACUCUCAGCCAAGAGAGAAACAUCGGAGAAGAAAGGUUAACAGAAAUGCAGAAGAUGAAGGAGGAUUUACUUAGUCAUGAAAGAACAGAAGAAAGUCUUCAAAAGAGACUAGAGGAAGCCAAUGGAGAGAUGGAUAAUUUGAAAAGACAAACUGAAAAACAAUGUGAAAAACUUGAUAAAAAAGAACAUGAUCUCUCAGUUGCAAAUGAACAGCAUGAAGGAGUAAUAUCAAAGAAAGAUGAAGCUAUUCGGAAGUUAACAGGUGAACUAGAAGGAAAGAAAAUAGAAAAUAAAACUUUUGAAACAGAACUCAUCCGAAUUAACCGAGAGUUGGAGGACAUCAAGAAAGAAAAGACACAGCUUGAUGCCCACAUUCUUCAAUUAAGUGGAGAAGUGAAUAAGCGUGAUACGAAGAUAUUGGAGCUAAACGCCAAUAUAGAAAUGAAGGAGGCCGAAAAAACAUAUGCCAAUGGUACAAAUAAAUUAACUUUAGUUUAA